CACGUCGAAAACACAGCUCCACAAAUUGCCUAGAGUUUUCCGUAAGCAUGGGGAACUGGGGCAAGCAGCUGUGGAAACGGAAAUGUAGGUGUAACCUACGGCGAACGUGGACGUGCAAGGCCAAAACCAAAAACAGAAAGUCCAACGAACGCACGGAGAACGAACUGUGGCAGGAGUACUACGCCCCUUAUCUGCACUUUUUGUCCUUCUCGGAAAUCUAUUCGCGACUGGAGACGAGUCCCUCCGAGGGACUCACUGAAGAAGUGGCCACCACAAAACUGAAGCGCAACGGGAAGAACACUUUGCCGAUCCCCCCGAAGCCACAUCUCUUGCUUGUGAGAUAUCUUUGUUACUGCUUCAGCGUCAUAGGCGUAAUCCUACUGCUUUCCGCCUUCGUCUGCUUCUUCCUGCACUAUUAUGCGAUUAUAACGCAGCCAAAAAAAAUGCACAAUCCGAAAUAUCUGCUGGCGGGCUGGAUCUUGCUCAUUAUCUUCUUUCUCGCCGGGCUCAUGCCCGUCCUGCAUGAGGAAGACAACACAGCGCUGCUGGAGUCUAUUGAUGAGACGAUGCCCAUGUUCUGCACUGUGAUCCGUGAGGGUAACAAGGAAAUCAUCCUCACCCAGGACGUGGUGAUCGGCGACAUAGUGCCGAUCAGUUAUGGUCAGCGGUUGCCGGCGGACUUGAGAUUCAUUACUACCUCUGGCUUGGAGGUGGACAAUGUGGCUCUUACAGGCUCAUCGGAGCCCUGGCAAAUCUUUCCCUUAGCAAGUGACGAAAAGCAGAUAUUCUCAUGGAUUUCCGGCAAUGUGGGAUUUGCCGGCACGCAUGCGACUAAGGGGUAUGGUCUGGGGGUGGCCAUUGCGUGCGGAACGAAAACUGAAGUCGGAAAGAUGAUGGAACUCAGCUACAAGGAGCGGGCUGAGAGUCGGGUGAGCCUGCAUCUAAGACAGGUUGGCUUUUAUAUGCUCGCUAUAGUCCUCAUGUGGCUUUUAAUGGGUAUCUCUUUUGUUCAUCACGAUGCCUCAUUCAUUCACCUGGAAAUCUACAUCACCUUCAUAAUUGCCCUGACUCCCUUGUAUCUGCCCUUUAUCCUCUUUUGGGGCAUGAGAACGACAAGAGAUCUGAUGCAGGAUAGCCAGUGUUACGCAAGGAACCUGGAGGCCACCAGCACAGUGGGCCUAACCACGGUUGUUAUCACCGAUAUGACCAGGACAAUAACCAAGCGGUGGAUGCGGGUGACGGAGAUCUUUGUGGACAUGGAGCUGCUAAGUGCCGAGAGCGCGAAUGUAAAUGAACUGGGUCCGCGUUUCAUUGAGCUGAUCCAAGCCUCGGUCCUGUGCAACGAUGCGGUCAUUAAUUCGGGUAACAUCGGUGUGCCGAAGGAGAAAAAGAGCAUGUACGGCAACUAUCUGGACAUAGCGAUGCUCAGGUAUGGCCUGCUUACCCUGCCCGAUGUCAACCAGCUGCGGCGGGAUCACGAGAUGGUGGCCAACAAGGCGUUCACCUCGGCGGAUCGUGUCCAGGUGACGGUGCACAGGACCUACGGCGCCGACGGGGAGCUGAAGCUCAUCCUGCUAAUGAAAGGGCACUGCGACACGGUGCUUCGCCACUGCUCAACCUUCACCGUGCGCGAUGAGGAGAUCCCGCUGGACGAUGAGCUGCAGGACAACAUUCUCAACCUGGCGGAGGGGCUGCUGGUGGGGGGUCGUCAAGUGCGAGCCUUUGCCUUCAAGGAGCUGAGAAACCAAUUGGAGCUUCGGAGAAUCUCGCAGGUGUACAGUGGCGGGGGCAGGGAGUUCCGGGAUUACCUGGCAGUGGACACCUUCUCGCUGAGACUCCUCGGCUUAAUAGCCACCUACACUCCUCCGCGGUCUACCAUUCCCAAGGCGGUGGCCAGAUGCCGAUCGGCGGGCAUCAAGUUGAUCCUGGUCACCAGUCAUGACCAAUACUUGGCACGGGCUAUGGCCUCGGAGGUCGGCCUUAUGUCGCCUCACAUGGAUGAGAUUAAGACGGGUCGAAGACUAUCAGACUAUCGAAAUUUCAGACCCACGGAAAUUGUAGAUAUGUUGGAAUAUGCCGAUGAGAAGGACCACCACCAGCGCUGGUACAUCGAGCAGUUGCUCCUCAACCAACGCGAUUUGGUGUUCGCCAACACGGAGCCGGAGCAGCUCCAUUGGAUCGUGGAAGUCUGCCAGGGUCAGGGAGCGGUGGUCUCAGUCAUCGGAGGGUCCCUCCACGACACUCCAGCUCUAAGGAGCGCCAAUGUGGGCGCCGCCAGGCUCGGAUGCGCCCCCAUAUGCGAGAAUAGUGCAGAUCUCGUUCUGCUGGACAGCUCCUUCGCCACCUUGUCCAGGGCCAUCGGAAUAAGCCGGCUGUUCUUCGAGAACCUUAAGAAGGCCUUGGCCUAUUGCCUGGCCACCAACACGGUCUGGAUAAUAAGUUUACUCGCCUUCUUUACGCUCCGGAUUCCCCUGUUGUUUAAUAUGAUUGAUAUUAUCAUCGUUUCCGUGUUUGUGAACCUGAUUCCUGCCUUGGCGCUGCUCUAUGAGUUUCCAGAGGAAAAUCUGAUGCAACAGAAGCCCAAGGUUUACGAUGACUGCCUGCUCAAUAGUCGCCUGCUCUUUGUGUCGCACAUCCUGGUGGGGACCAUCGAGGCAGCCGCUGUUCUCAUGACCUACAUAAUGUUCAUGGUGGAGAGAGGAUUUUUGCUCACCACCCUGGUAGGUCUGCAGUACCAAUGGCACGACGAGACGGUCAACGACCUCACGGACUCCUACGGCCAGGAAUGGAGCAGCGUCGAGCGCAAGCAACUGGACUGCCAGGUGUCCUCCCUUUGCCUGAUGGCCAUCGUUGUGAUGCAGUGCACCAAUCUGGUGUUGAACAAGACCGGACGUGCCAACCUGCUGGAGCACGGUUUCGGCAACUUGCAAAUGAAGCUGGCGGCUGCGUAUUUGAUUGCGGUCUGCAUCCUGCUGUGGUGGAUGGACCCCACAUGUUGCCUGCACCUGAAGGGAGCCAAAUAUCUGGAUAUACUUACCUUCCUUUGGGUCAUCUUCCCCUUUGUGCCUAUGAUGGUGUUCCUCGAGUCCACUCGCAGGUACUUUCUGCGAAUGUUUCCAGAUAGUUGGCUGGAGAGGGCCACCAUGUUUUGAGAGGUCAUCUGUUUAUAUAUAUAAAAAAAAAGCAAAACUGAAGAUGUUUGAACCAAAAAGAUAAUAGCUAAAAAAUAACCAUUUAUAUUUAAUAAA